CCAAGGUGGUUUGUGUUGGGCGGUAGGAGUCGAACAUGCGCGGCGACGAAGACGACGACGAUAUGGAACAAGGCGUGGUGCACGCGGAAAUCCCGACGACAUUUCGCGAGCUGCGUGCGUGCAUGAUCUGCUCCCUUGUCAAGACGUACAGCCAGUUCUAUGAAUCUGGGUGCGACAACUGCGGCUUCCUUAACAUGCAAGACAACCGCACGCGUGUGACGGACUGCACAACAGCGUACUUUGAAGGGAUGAUCGCGAUGAUGCAGCCAAAGGAGAGCUGGGUAGCGAAGUGGCGUCGCAUCGGCAAAUUCGUGCCGGGCAUCUACGCCGUCGCUGUCACGGGCGACCUCAACGACAGCAUCAAGAAGUUCCUGGAAGAGCGCAACAUCUCGUACUGCGUCAGUUAGUCGCGAUUGUAUUUUCCCUUCACUCCUCCGAUACGAUGCUUUGAGUUGCUUUCAUUCAUAGUUAUCGCUAAUUUUUCACGGAAAACGCCAAGUAGAAAAACACACCGAGCACGAUCACCAUGAAGCUGCCGCAGUACCACGCGCGGACAUCCCUGUCAAGCGGCCGAUAGUCCUUGCGACGCAAAUACAGCACACUGCAGUAGAACACGCCACCUAUAGCCAGCGCGCCCAGCGCUACCAUGAAGACACGAUCCAGUGUCCACCAAGUGGUCGCACUACUGCAGCAGGUGUUACCAGGGCAACACCCUUUCGAAUCAUUGCAGCACGCCAGCACGCCAGCACCCCACCGUCCGGCCCCGCCGUCAAGCAGAGCGGGUUGUGAUCACACGACGACGCCGCUUUGCCAACCACGGCCUUUCGAGGC